CCCAGAGGCCUUUAUACUCCCCCCCCCUCUGUCUGCCCAUCUCGAGCAGCACCCGACGAGCGUUAAUACCCAACCUCGUAAUACCCCCCCUUCUCCCUCCUCUAGGCGCAACGCCUACUUUGUCUGCCUUCACCAGACUCCACUUUUUUGGUCCUAAUUCCUGGCUCGCGACUCUCGUUGCUGGAUCCCAGAGUUCAACCCGGCUAACGAAUCUUCUAUACCCGCUACCGACCUCUACCGACCUCUACCGACCUCUACCGACCUCUUCUUCUUGUGCCCUCCUUCUGUCUGUCUUUCCAGCGUCCUCCACGACCGCUCCCCUGAUCCUGCUUUCUUGCCCCCAAACCAUCGUAUUACCAUGAAGUCCGACUCCCCUUCCCUUGUCUCUGCUUGGAGCGCUGCCCAGCCUUUCGUGUUCGGCGGUCUGUCGGGCAUGGUCGCCACCGCCGUCAUCCAGCCCAUCGAUUUUAUCAAAGUCCGAAUCCAACUGCUGUCCAAGGGCUCGUCCACCAACCCAAUCGCCAUGGCGGCCCAGGUCAUCCGCAGCGAGUCCAUCUUUACCCUCUACAGCGGUCUCUCGGCGGGUCUGCUGCGACAGGCCACGUACACGACAGCACGAAUGGGCCUCUUCAACACCUUCAUUGCCUAUGCUAAGGAGAAGAACGGCGACCAGCCCAUCACAUUCGCCCAGAGGGCCGUCGCCGGUUUGGCGGCAGGUGGUCUUGGCGCCAUGAUCGGCAACCCUUGCGAUCUGGCCCUCAUCCGCAUGCAGGCCGACGGACUGCUGGAGCCCGCCAAACGCAGCAACUAUACCGGCGUACUCAACGCCCUUUCCCGCAUCGCUCGUGAAGAGGGUGUCCUGGCCCUGUGGGGUGGUGCGGGCCCGACAGUGGUUCGUGCCAUGGCUCUCAACGUCGGCAUGCUUUCCACCUACUCGGAAGCCAAGAGCAGACUCGAGGGCUAUUUCGGCCCCUCUGCCUCUGCAACCUUUGGCGCGUCCGCUAUCGCCGGCUUCUUUGCCUCGUUCCUGUCGCUGCCCUUCGACUUCAUCAAGACUCGCCUGCAGAAGCAGCGCAAGGUCCCUGGCCAGGUGCCCCUGUACGCCGGCUCGAUUGACUGCUUCUUCAAGGUUCUGAGGACCGAAGGCCCGCUCGCCUUCUAUCGCGGCUUUGGCACCUACUACGUCCGCAUCGCUCCGCAUGCCAUGGUCACACUCCUGGUGGCCGAUGGGCUCAACACCAUGGCCAAGUGGGUCCAGAACCAGCGUCAAGGCACCGGGGUCUCUUUGGCCAAAAACCACUGAGCCAGCGAUCCCAACUGCCUUUGUUCGGAUCGGUUCCUGCCUGGCCGGACCCUUUUCUUGGCCGAUUGCCCAUGUCAACCUCCCAUUACUCCGCCGCGGAUCGAUCUUUGAAGCCGUGAGGCAUACACUGGAGGUCUGACGUGUAGUCGGC